CGCACUUCCGCCCCAAGAUGGUCGUCGGCGCCUUCCCAAUCGCCAAGCUCCUGUAUCUCGGAGUAAAGCAGCUGAGCAAACCCGUAGCCAACCGGAUAAAAGCCGGGGCUCGGAGGAGCGAGUUUUUCAAGAAUUAUAUAUGUCUGCCGCCGGCACAACUGUACCACUGGAUUGAGAUGAGAACCAAGAUGCGCAUCAUGGGCUUCCGGGGGGCUAACAUUAAGCCGCUGAAUGAGGACGCGGCUGCAGAGCUGGGUGCCGAGCUGCUAGGUGAGACGCUGAUCUUCCUGGUGGGCGGCGGUUGCAUGGUGUUGGAGUACACCAGGCAGUCGGCCAACUCUCGUCGCAAGGAGGACGAGCUCGACCAGACGCUCAACCAUCUACAGACUCAAAUUGCCGAGCUCACGUUUACCACAGAGACGCUAAGUGCUCAGCUAAGAGAGGUGAACAGACAGCUGGUCUCCUUCCCUACACCCUCAAAAAAGUGAUUUGAUUUUGUAAUGGCGGUACGCCGAGUGGUUCAACAACACGCGAUGGCAACAUGUAAAGCCUCAUGCUGCUACGUCACACACUGCCACCGCAAGGAGGAAGAAGUGAACAUAACAUCAAGGAGCAGGGAUUUGUUAGGAGCUCAUUUUUGGAGCAACUGUGUGCAAAAAAUGGGGAUUGCUAUGAUAUUCAUAGUGUAUUUUCUGUGGUCGAUAUUGCAUGCUCAUUACAAGGACCGUAAAAAAUUGCAUCAACAAAUUCAAAAUUAUAUCAGAUAACAAUGACUGUUUUGAUAUUUAUAAACUUGGGAGAGGCUUUGUUAAUAAUUAACAUGCCAUUCGGAAAAGAAAAUCUCAAAAUCACUGUCAAUAAGUUUGCUGGUUUAUGUGGAGCUUACGUAAUGAAUGAAUGGUUGAAAAUAAAGAUAAUUGUAUUAUUAGUGAGUUUGUACAAAUUUCCCUAAAAAUGAAAUUAUUGCAUUGAUCAUGGUUGUGCCUCAAAACUCAGAAAAAAAUAUAUAUAUACACAGUACGUAUUUAAAUCAUCUUGAACGCUUGUUAUCAACAUAAGAUGG